AUAUCGGUUCACGAGCAUGCUGCAGCACCGUUAUGUGGCGUUGACGUUCACGAGUCGCAAAAGCUAGUGUCAAGUCGUACACGUUAUCGUGCAAGUUACUGCUGGGUUGGCGAUUGGGCCGCGCCUAACGGAAUACCAGACACCAGCGAUACAAUGUAUCCACGGAGCACUGUUUUGAGCUUAUGCACAUGUUUUAUUUUGGGUGCUGUUCAACAGAAAAAAAUAAAAGUAUUGCACAGGAUCCGAGUAUCUAGCCUAGUCCCGCACGUCACGGAGAAUUACAGCCUCCUUGUUAAGCAUAACUAUCAAUAUCAUUGGUUUUACUUUUAGAUUAUACCUGUGAAGUGACUCCCGAGUUAGAUAUAUGUAAAAAUUACAGUGCACAACAGACAAGGAGAGAAACGAAACAUAGGUGUUGUGUGUCAAGUUUCUUGUGUGCUGCACUUUUCACUAUGUCGUCUUAGCAACUAGCCCUACCUAGCACCCUUCUGCAAGCUAAACAGCUAUGAUGGUUUCCAAGCAUGGGCAAGCAAACAUCAACUAUUACCCCAAAUUGAUUAAUAUCUUGCUGACGCAAACUGCAAUUUUCCCCCAAACCCUGCAUGCAAUCUGGACGUAUUAACCUUUUUUUUUUAAUUAUCUACAACCUUGUAUUUAUGAGUUGUUAAUGGCGUGCAAUGUUAAUUUCACAGGCAACCGAAGCAACUUCGUAGGAAAACAAGAGCCACGAGAGGUGCUGCCACGCUACAUCAUUGACCAUUUCCCAGACAUUGACACCCCAUUUACGGACAUUCUGCGAUUGACAGGACAGAAUCAAGUAGAGCUGGAGUGUGCCCAGCUCUUAGAAGACAUUGUAAAUGAUGCGGUCACCAUUGUGAGGAAGUCUGAAGUGGAAGUGGUGCUGCAACAUCUAACGCAUCAGGCUUCGGACGGAGAGGCACUGAAGUACCGUCAAGAUCAACUCACAGACCCCGAGAAAGCAUUCUUUCAAAAAAGAGUGGCUUCUCGUGAUGUACUCGGAAUCUGCAUGGCAACGAUGGCACAGUCCAAGUGUGCACAGUGGUACCAAGAGCGCAAGGUGCGGAUUUCGAGCACAAUGGCACAUACCAUCCUCCGGACCAGGAAGACUCCACAGGAUCUUGUUGCGAGCUUGAUGAACACCACAAGCUUUUCAAGCGACGCAACGACUUAUGGCUUGCAGACUGAACCAAAAGCACGGCGACGGUUCGAAGAAAAGUUUGGAGCACAUAUCGUGGAGGUGGGCCUGCUUGUGCAUCAAGAGAGGUCUUGGCUUUGCGGCAGUGCUGACGGAGUGUUUCAGCAAGAUGGAGAAACAGUCCUUCUGGAAAUCAAGUGCCCUAGCUCGAUAAAAGGGCAACCGGUCGUUGACGCCAAUAAGAGGAAGACAUUCACCAGCUGCCUGGUGUACAUUAAUGACAAGUUGUGCCUGAAACCAUCGCACAACUACUACACACAAGUGCAAGUGUUGAUGUUUGUGCUGGAUUUACAAUCUUGUUAUUUUUAUGUUUACACAUGUGAUGAGCAUGAUGCCACUGUGCUCGUUCCCAGGAAUGACAAGUUUUUGAACAAUGAGAUCCCUUCUCUGGAAUGGUUUUAUUUCAGCUGGUACCUGCCAGCCCUUGCGCAAAAGUACCAGAUCUAAGCACAUCAGUAAGAGUGACAAAAAAUAAAGUACUGCAUUCAAUUCACUGCAGACAGCAUGAGUUGCAACAGUGUUCCAUGCUUCUUUUGCAUACUUGCCAGUUUUUUUAGGAAUUGGUGGUUUAAAACAAGGCUGAAAUGUGAAGCAGAGUGCACAAAAUAUAAUCCUA